GAUGAUUUAGGAACCGCCUUCCUAGGCGCACUCCGCUGAUGCAGUCGGGACAAGAACAGCACCGAGCUUACUGUGAGAAAAAGAUCCCAGGAAGAUGUCUUCUUAUACAGUGGGUCCACAGUCUUCUUACGGGAAGAUGUUCGGUGGAGAGAGAGUCCCGGACAGGACCAGCUACUCCAGCCGCCAGUUCUCCAGCCCGGUGCGCUCCCCACGGGUCUCCAACGGGUUCUCCUCCUCCUUCUACGCGACGAAUAACCAGAGUCACUGGAGCACCGCGGCCAUGCUGGACUUCCCCAAGUCCGACGCCAUCAACAGCGAGUUCAUGACGAACCGCACCAACGAGAAGGUGCAGAUGCAGUCGCUCAACGACCGCUUCGCCAACUACAUCGACAAGGUCCGCUUCCUGGAGCAGCAGAACAAGAUCCUGCAGGCGGAGCUGGAGCAGCUGCGGGGCAAAGGCACGUCCCGGGUCGGGGAUCUGUACAAGGACGAGAUGCGGGAGCUGAGGCGCCAGGUGGACCAGCUGACCAACGAGAAGGCCCGGGUGGAAGUUUCCCGGGAUAACCUGGUAGAAGACAUCGACAGGCUGAGAGAGAAGUUGCAGGAGGAGAUCUCCCAGCGAGAGGAGGCUGAGGGCACCAUGCAGAAUUUCAGAUUGGAUGUGGACAAUGCUGCCCUCGCCAGACUGGACCUGGAACGGAAGGUUGAGUCCCUCCAGGACGAAAUCAUCUUCCUCAAGAAGCUGCACGAUGAGGAAAUGCUGGAGCUGCAGAACCAGAUCCAGCAGCAGCAGCAUGUGCAGGUGGACAUGGAGAUGGCUAAACCUGACCUGACAGCUGCUCUGAGAGACGUCCGUCUGCAGUAUGAGAACCUGGCCACCAAAAACCUCCACGAGUCUGAGGAAUGGUACAAAUCCAAGUUUGCUGACCUCACCGAAGCUGCAGCCAGGCAUAAUGAUGCGUUGAGAGUGGCCAAGCAAGAGGCCAAUGACUACAGACGCCAAGUUCAGUCCCUUACUUGUGAGGUGGAUGCCCUUAAAGGAACUAAUGAGUCGAUGGAGCGCCAGAUGAGGGAGAUGGAGGAGAACUUCUCUCUGGAGACGGGCGGUUACCAGGACAGCAUCGGCCGCCUGGAGGAGGACAUUCACAACAUGAAGGACGAGAUGGCUCGUCACCUCCGGGAGUACCAGGACCUCCUGAAUGUCAAGAUGGCCCUGGACAUUGAGAUUGCCACCUACAGGAAGCUGCUGGAAGGAGAGGAGAACAGAAUCACCACCCCACUGCCAAACUUCUCAUCUCUGAACCUGAGAGAAUCAAUGAUUGAUUCCAAACCCCAUUUUGAAGCUACAACAACUAAGAAGGUUCUAAUCAAGACCAUUGAGACCAGGGACGGUCAGGUGAUCAAUGAGUCAACCCAGAACCACGAUGACUUGGAGUAAUGAUAUUUUUGUCUUUGCCAAACAAUCAACAAAAGCAAUAUGAAGAAACAUACUUCACCAGGGCUACAAGCAAGCAAACAAACGAACAACACAAAAAGCAAACAGCUUCAGAAAAGUGCCUUUCUAUGUGAUGAUCCAGAAAGCCUGUUAGUUGACACAGACUGUAUUUUGCUUCCUCCUCUGCUGAAAGUAUUAUCUUUUGUUCCAAUCGUUUAGACACAGUAAUGAAAUCACCACAACAUAGAAAUCCUUAUUGAGGUCUGCAAAAAUCUUUAUUUGUAACAAAAAUAGUGUUUUUGAUCAAUACAGCAUGCACACUCCAGGAAAUCUGUCUGCUAAAGAUGUCACAAUUGCCUGUUCGCAGCAAUAAACCAGUAAGACCGAAACUCAAUACUGUGCAUUAGGUGUAAUACUUUGCUGGUAUUUGCUGGUAUUGCUGGUAAUACUUUUAUGGUAAUAAAGUAGAAGUAGUAAAACAAUGCCUCAUAUGAAUACAUAUUGGAAAUGGUCAUUAUUUUAGAAAAUAACAUCCACAUGUUUAUGCAGUCUAAGACUUUCUUAUUUAGGAGCUUCAGCAGUCCCUAAAAACAUUUACCUACACAAGAAGGACAAAGUAUUAAAAAAGGUCUGUUGUAUUUGACAAUAGGUUGUACAUGUGUAUCUAAUAGACUAGUGUGCAGUGUCACACUUUUGGAGUUUAUAUUUGAAUAAUGAUAGCUUAGACUUGGUGGAUCUAUAAGCAUCCCAGGUACAGCAGCCUUGUACAGUCUUCCUGAAAAGGAGUCAAGUCAUACAGAGUAGACAGAAGUAACAGUAGAAUAAUUACAAUAUUAAGUAAAAUUAGUGCUAUUAUAUAUUAUGGAUUAAUUACAGCUGCUAAAUGGAACUUUGAAAUGCGAUUGUUUUGUCAACUGCUGUUUCCAAUGUUCAGGGUGAACUUUGAAACUCAACGUUAAAGCCAACAUGUGUUCAUGUAGAUCAUGUGACAUGAUUGAAAGCUCCAGAAUGCUUCUAAAUCGAACUUACGGUAAGAUUGUUUGUCAACAAUAUGUUAAGUAACUAUUAACUGUAACAAGCUUCAACAGUGAUCUGCCACAUGUUUAUUUGUUCAAAAUACUAUAAUGUGGUAUAAAGGUUGAGUUGCAUCGUAACAUAUUUUAGAUGUAACUAAGUGCAUUUCCUUAAGGACUGUACUUAAGCACAAUUCUGAACUACAUGAUCAUUGCCAUUCAUUGAUAAUUUAUAAUUCCACUCCAUUUGUAGAAUAUUGCAUUUCAGCGUGCCAUAUUCUAGUCAAUGUUUUACUCCACUAAAUGUAUCUGUUAUAGUUACUUUUCACAUGAAAAACAUACGAUUGGUUCAUAAAUAAUGAUGCAUUGUGAAAGGUUAAACUACCCAACAGUAUACAUGUAAAAUUAACUCCCCAGCAACCAGCUGACAGCAGCCUACUUCUCACACAAAUACUAUAACACUGCAAGAGGCCAUGUGCACUUUUUACUUUUAAUACUUUAGUGCAUUUUGCACUGCUGUACUUUUCUUUAAAUGAGAUUUUGAAAGCA